AUGGUGCAUGGUAUUCCGCAUACCAAAAAGAUUUUCAUAGGAGGAGAUUUCAAUGGCCACAUUGGCGCAACAUUUGGGGGGUAUGAUGAUGUGCAUGGUGGCUUUGGUUUUGGAGAUAGAAACGGAGGAGGAACUUAUUUGCUGGACUUUUCUAGAAUGUUUGAUUUGGUGAUAGCAAACUCGAGUUUCCCGAAGAAUAUGGAGCACUUGGUCACCUUUCGAAGUUCGGUGGCCGAGACUCAAAUUGAUUAUCUACUUUAUAGAAAGUCCGAUAGAGGUCUUUGCACAGAUUGCAAGGUCAUCCCGAGUGAUAACCUCUCGUCCUUUUAUAGGCUCCUAGUCAUGGACCUUGAGAUCACGGGGAAGAUGGCGGUGUAUAGCCAAUAUAGCAGUGAAGAGCCUUAA